CUCGAGCCAAUACAACUGCUUCCCAUGACGCCGGAGAGAGACGGGACUCGAGCCGGGCUGCUUUCAGCGCUUGGAAUUGCCGAGGGCGAGUCCGCAGAGGCGUAUAUGCACUAUAUUGAGUCGGCUUGGACCUAUCAAGGAGAGUGGAAUGACUUUCUGCACCUUUUUAUCGAUGUGGUUCACCACUUCCACGUUCCAUCCACUUCCCAAACUGCCCAGCCUCGCAUACAAGCAUACAUAGACGGUCUUGUUAACAGCCAAACCCACGCCUACUUCAAAGACACCGUUGCCGGCUCAGGAGCACGGAUCACAGGCGUGACGGAAGCCGUACUUCGCAUCCUUGGGGCUUGGUUGCUAAUGCACUCGUAUUUCAUCCCCACGCGACGUGACCAGCGGCGAGUAGUCUUUGCAUAUUGCGUUAGACAGAAGCAUGGCUAUUCUGAACAAAAGGCUCUCAACGAACCAGUCCCUAGGCUUUUGAGUCAAAGUGGCUUGCUACCAAACGCAUACGAGAUCAACGGAUCUGAACUAAAUUCCCUCCCAGAUUCUUCAACCGAUAGAAUAAUGGAACCAUUCGGCCUGCAUGAUUCAGUUGGCUUGCUUGAAUCUCUCUCAGUCAAUCCAAAGAAACUCAAUGCUGUCAGGCUCUCGAGACUCGGGGGCAUCAAAUUCACAUGGACGACCAACAUCUCGCGACACCUACUUUUAUCCAAGCACGGGGAGACUAAUUACUUGGACCUUUUUGCCCUCCCAUGUGCGCUCCAAGGAGAUGCAGCGAGUAUCCUUGCAGACAUGGGCAUUUCUACGGAACUGAUUGACGAAAUCGAAUCCUCUUACGCCACCCUAUUUAAUCCCAUUACACCCUCAUAUUUACAUACUAAACUCGCAAAAAUCAGGGGAUUUUGCUAUUUGUGUUGGUGUUUACAUUGUGGUUCAUAUCGACUCCGGAAGCGAGUGCUCCGGGCCCUGAACCCUCCAAGAGGCAAGGAUCCAGCGCGCUAUCAGUUCAAGUACGACCCAACUCUUGAGACUCUCAUGAAGAGAAAUGCCACACAGUGGGACCAGACGGAGUUCAAGCAAUUAUGGCCACGCAUUUCAGUACUUGAUGCCCAUUUGCAGCAAACCAGACCAUGGAACUUUUGGGUUCUUUUCCGGGAUAGUCGCGAUACAGUCCAGUACUGGACGUUCCUCUUUGGGUCAAUCAUUUUAUUUUUGACCGUGGUUCAAGUCAUCCUUGGUGCAGCUCAGGUUGCCAGUGGAUUCCUGCCUCAGUCCUAGCAGUUAAAUAAUUAUC